AUGUCGCACAAUAUUCUUAUUACUGGCGCUUCAGGGUACCUAGGAGGGACCCUCCUCGCACGCUGGAGUAGCGCCAAGCUUCCAGCAUAUCAAAGUCUCUACGCCCUUGUUCGAACAAAGGAGCAGGCUGAGUCCGUAAAACAGUACGGUGCUGAGGCACUGACAUUCGACGUCAAAGAUGAAGCCAGCACGACGGCUGCAAUCAUCGACCACAAAGUUACUAUCGUCUACUUCCUGGUCGAUGCUAUGGCGGGAGAUUCACUGGUCUAUAUUAUCAAGGCCCUUGCUGAAGUCAAGAAACAAACGGGGCAGGAGGGUCUUGAUGCAAACAACACUGUCAUCGAGUUAGCCGAGGCACGUGGAAUUCGGAACUACAUUUUCAUCCCGUGCAUUGUAUAUGGACAAGGUGAGGGAUUUGGAAAUCCAAUUUCUAUUCAAACAGUCGCAAUCGUGAGAGCCGCCAAAAAGACGGGGCGCGUGUACAGUCCCCACACCAACAAUCCGAAAUGGCCCGUCUGUCAUGUAAUUGACAAUAGCACUCUUUAUCUGGAAAUACUGCGAAACAUCCUGGCUGGAAAAGAUAUCGGCCACGGUCGUAAUGGAUAUUACCUCGCCGCCAGCGGCAGUAUGGCAUGGAAUGAUAUCUACGGUGCCAUGGCGAAAGGAUUGGUCAAGCGUCAAAUAGUUGACACCGAGUCGGUGCAAGUGGCAGAUGAUGCGGCUUUGCAGCAGAUGGGGGAGGCAUUGGGAUGCCCCAAGGAAAUGGUGCCCCUGUUCUUAGGUGGAGAAUGUACGCUCGAGGCACGGCAUGGUCAUGAGAUUGGCUGGAAACCUCAAUAUUCGCCGGAGCAUAUACUCGAGGCGGCUGACGCAGAAGUCGACCUGAUUAUUAGACAUCUGUAG